AUGGCGUCUGGCCUGCAAUGUUUUGGUUGUGGAGCUCAAUUUGGUAUCUUUAAAAGAGAGCAUUCUUGUAAGAAUUGUGGACACAUAUUUUGUAGUUCAUGCGCAUCACAAUCAACGGCUGUUCCAAAACAUGGUACAGGGAAACACAAAGUUUGCUUCAAGUGUUAUAAACUUCUAACGAGUGCACCAAAACAAUCAAUACAACCAGGACAACAAACUGAACAAAAUGACUUAAACAAGAUUACUCAAUCAAGAGAAAAUGGCUUCCAAUAUCUUUCCUCUAAACAGAAUGUACCUGCCAGUGAGAAGAAAAUAGAAAAUAAAGAGGAGGAUCCUGAUGAAAGCAUAAGACAAAGACUACUACAGCUAAAAGAUAAUUCAAAUGUUAAAACAAAAACUACAGAUGAAGAUAUUGGUAAAAGAUUUGAAGAGCUAUCUGGAAGAAAGUCAGUUAGCACACAAAAAACAAACGUGAAUGCCAUACAACCAAAGAAGACUGAAACAGAAGAAGUUUCUGACUUGUUAAAACAAUUUGGUGAUGAGUGCAAACUAGACAGUGGUUUAAAAUCCAACCAGGAAGAAGUGGACACACCAGGUGCAAUUGGGGAAUCAAGUAAACGGGAUGAUGUUCAAGACCUCAUAACAAAAACAAUGAAUCAAUGUAACGAUGACAAGAAUACUGACAGAGAGAUAGAGGAAAGACUGGCAAAACUUAAGGAUGUUGAUCCAAGCGUUUACAGGAACCCUGUUCCAGACAGCGAUGAAGAUGAGGAGACAUAUAAUCAAAGAUACCUUCAACAGGUUCUGAGCGAGGCUUUUCUUGAAGACAAAACAAAAGCCAUGGGUAUUGAUUUGACUAAAAAGAAUAUUGAAGAUAAGGACUCCAAAAAGGGUAAAAGUCAAGGGAAAACAAAAAAAAGAGGCAAGGAUAAUGUUGAUGCCAUUGAUGACAGUACAGCUAAGAGUUUUUUCAGCAAGGAAUAUGAAGCAGAUAGUGAUGAGGAUGAACUACCUUGGUGUUGCAUAUGUAAUGCUAAUGCAGUACUGCGAUGCCAUGGUUGUGAUGAUGAUUUAUAUUGCAAAAGAUGUUACAGAGAAGGACACAAAGAUGAAGAUCCUGAAGAGCAUGCAGUGUCACCUUUCCGACCAAAAAAGAAAGGCUCAGGACAUAAUUGAUCCAUUUAUACAAAUAAAAUAUACAAAUUUAUCCAUGAAACAGUACUAUAUAACGAGCACUAAUUUGUAACAAAUAGUACUAAUUAUGAAGCAAUAGGAAACAAAAGACAUAGCAAUAUUUUGUACUAGUGCAUAAGUUUAGUACGGUUUCACAGGUUCAUUGUAUCCAGUCAAUAAUUCAAAUCUUUAAAAAAUAAAAUAAAAUAUUAGGAAUUGCACUUACACAUAGGAAUUGCUGAUAGAGUGCACGCACUAAAUCCAUGAACAUUAAUUAGUACUAAUUAGUACUAUUUCAUACAGAAUCCUUUGUUUUCUAUUGUUUAUUUAUCACUAUUUAGUACUAAAAGUUAGUAUUUGUUUCACAGGUUUAGUGCGUGCACUCUAUCAAUAUGAAAAAGUGGCACGAAGAUUAUAUACAAAACAAGUUACACAAACAGUUGUAAAGAGAAAUUUUUAAUUAAAAAUAUUGUAUUGCACAAA